AUAUAUCUUCAUAGAUGGCAGUAGUAAUAUACAUCAGUUUCAAAAGAGUUUCCUUACUAUUCAGAACGUAUUCGCCAUGUUCUGUUUACAGUACUGUAGUCGCGUCCAUCAUCGUCGCUAGGUACGCUUAUUUCCUCGCUCUUCCGUUCAGUAUUAUUAUGUCUCGCACGAUUCAUUGGUGAUGUUCGAAGGCGUGGUGCAUUCGCGUAUUUUCGAAAGCUACUUCGCGUGACGAUUGAUCUCGGAAGUGGCGGUCGACAAACGAUACGCAACAAUGAUUCCGCGUUACGCGAUCUAUGUUUUUUCGGUGGCCGUGUUCAGUGUCAAUGCUCUUCACACGAAAGAUCCGUUGGCUCAUCACGGAAGAUGCGAACCGAUCACCAUCAAUUUAUGCAUGAAUAUACCAUAUAACGAGACGAUUAUGCCAAAUUUAAUGAACCAUCAAAAACAAGAAGAUGCCGGCCAAGAAGUACAUCAAUUCGCGCCUUUGGUUAAAAUGAAAUGUAGCCCUGAUCUUCGAUUCUUUUUAUGCACGGUUUACGCGCCUGUAUGCACCAUUAUCGAUAGAGCUAUACCUCCGUGCAGAUCGUUAUGCGAAAGUGCUCGUGCAGGAUGCGAACGCUUAAUGAACAGUUUCGGUUUCGCUUGGCCAGACAAUCUCGAUUGUUCCAAGUUACCUGAAAACGGUGGCCCUGAACUAUGCGUAGGUCAUAAUGAAACUACACCACCGGAACCGUCGCCACCGGUAUAUACACCACCACGUAUGCCAGUAGCUGAAUUUCAACCAUCCUGGACCGGAGGACCUAAAACUUACGGUAGUGGAUUUAUGCUUGGUGCAAGGGACUUUGGUUUUGUAUGCCCGAUGCAAUUCAAAGUCCCGCAUGAACUCGGUUAUUCGCUGAAGGUUGGCGAUAAAGUUGAGCUUAAUUGCGGCGCACCUUGCGACGGAAUGUUUUUUACCGAGAGAGAAAGACGAUUUUCAAGGAUUUGGGUUGGUACGUGGGCAUCCGUUUGUGCGGCUUCUUGUUUUUUCACCUUUCUGACGUUUCUCAUUGACACAGAUCGGUUCAGGUAUCCUGAAAGACCAAUUAUCUUUUUGUCAGUAUGUUAUCUUAUGGUAGCAUUGGCAUAUGUGAUUGGUUGGGCAGCUGGCAAUUCUAUUGCAUGCAGAGAACCUUUUCCACCUCCUUUAGAUAUGAGAAUUCAAAUGGCAUCAACCAUAACACAAGGUACCAAGCAUGAAUUAUGCACGGUACUUUUUAUGGUACUUUAUUUUUUUGGAAUGGCAUCCAGUAUAUGGUGGGUUAUCUUGACAUUGACAUGGUUCCUAGCAGCUGGAUUAAAAUGGGGUCAUGAAGCAAUAGAAGCUAAUUCACAGUAUUUUCAUUUAGCUGCUUGGGCUGCUCCAGCAAUAAAAACAGUUACUAUUCUUGCAAUGGGAAAGGUAGAGGGAGACAUAUUGUCUGGUGUUUGUUAUGUAGGUCUUUGGAAUGUUGAAGCUCUACGUGGAUUUGUUUUGGCACCAUUGUGUGUCUAUCUAAUACUUGGAACUGCCUUCUUAUUGGCUGGAUUUGUUUCUCUUUUCCGUAUACGUACUGUUAUGAAACAUGAUGGUACAAAGACUGAUAAAUUAGAAAAGUUAAUGAUACGUAUUGGCAUAUUUUCUGUGUUAUACAUAGUUCCUGCAUUGAUUGUCAUUGCCUGCUUAUUUUAUGAGCAAGCCUAUUUUGAUCAAUGGAUGUUGACAUGGAAUAUGGAGAUGUGUUCAAGACCUGGACCGCAAUCUUUAUAUUCAAUGCCGUGUCCUGUUGGAGAGCGUACUCGCGAUGUUGGAAGACGUCCAGAAUUUGAGGUUUUCAUGAUAAAAUAUUUAAUGGCUAUGAUUGUUGGUAUAACAAGUAGUUUUUGGGUAUGGUCAAGUAAAACAUUGACUAGUUGGCGACAGUUUUUUAAUCACAUACAAGGACGUCGUGCUGAGGCGUAUGUUUAAAAAUUCAACUAAUUACAUGCUAUAAAAACGAAAAAAUUUUGCCUUUUUGAACUGCCAUAUCGAAUUACUGAAUGUCACGCUCAAAGAAUACUCAAAUACUAAAAGCAUGUAUUUUAUUGCAUUUGAUAAAAUAUCUCAAUUCAUAUAUAAUGUUACUAAACUUAAUUUAUCGGAAAGAGAUUUGAGUAACGAAAUAUGCAUUUUAGUAUUAUUUUUAUAUCUUAUCAGUGCAUUAUAAAGAGUAACAAAGAUAUACAAAUGUACUGUGCCAAAAUAUUUUUUUAUUAAAAUGAUUUAUAUGUUUGUUUAAGCUAUUUGUGAAUCUUUCUGUUGUAUUUUUAUAAGAGUUGUAGAAGAACUGUAUAAAAUGUUAAAACUAAUCAUUGAUUAGUUUGCAAGUAUUAUUAGACAAUUUUUGCAUCAUAUUUAAGUAAUAAUUUCUUCUUCUUUUCAUUAAUAGAAAUCAUAACUCAUUAUGAUACAAUAGCUCAUCAUUUUAAGUUAUAAAUG